UCAAAGGGCAUUCUCUUUAUUGGUGGGCUUACAUAUUAUGCGACUUUAAAAAAUAUUAUUUUAAGAUGGAGGAGGUAAGACUUCAUCAGACUGCCAGAAAGUGGUCCACGACAUAAACAGGGUAGCAACUCUGUUUUAGGCAGAUUAACAAAACUAGACUUUACAAGUUUCCAGAAGUAAAAUUUCCUCCAAGCCAGAUCUGGGUAGUUUAGAGGGAAAGGGUAAUCUCUCAGUGGGGGAGGGGAAACGUGGUCGGUAAGUGAGCGACUCUCAGGUGAGGGGGCGUGACCGUAGUGAGCGGUCUUCUGGUGGAGGGGCGUGGCCGGCAGGGGCGCCUGCGCAGAUGCAGACAGAUAGGUUGGGGGCAGACGGGCGUUGGACUGCGUGCGCCAUGCUGGGUUUCCCCUCAAGUCCUGGGAGUUGGCUUAUGCUGGUGGAGCCAUGAGCUUAAGCCAAGAGCCGCCCUCGGCCAAGAGGGUGCAGCUGGAGAAAGGGCUGUUGGUGCCGGUGGACCAUCGGUUGCAGCCCCUGCGCGCCCUCCGCGAGCGCUCCCUGUUCCCGCCCCCUGUGGAGAACCCAUUUGUCGCCGAGAGGCACUUCAGUCCAUCGCGCUGGCUCUGCAUCUGGCUGAGCGGCCUUAUCCUGGUGCCCUUGCGCGUAGUCCUCCUGCUGCUGUUGGUCAUCCUCUCAUGGCCAUUAGUGUUCGCGGCCACUGCCUUCCACCCGCUGAAGCGGGCCCACCCGUUGCCCAGGUGGAGGCGGCGGCUCACACACCCGCUGUUGCAGAUCCUAGGCCGCAUCUUCUUCUUCUUCUUUGGCUUCAUUGUGAAGGUGAGGGGGACUGCGGCCAAUUCCCGCGAGGCGCCCAUCUUGGUGGUCGCCCCGCACUCCAGCUUCUUCGAUGGCCUCGUCUGGAUCUUCGCCGGUUUGCCGUCCAUUGUGUCUCGGGAGGAGAACGCCAGGUUUCCGUUUGUUGGCAGGCUGCUCUUGGCUGGGCAGCCGGUGCUUGUGUCCCGUGGUGACCCGGAUUCCAGGAAGAACACGGUUAACGAAAUUAAAAGGCGCGCCACCUCCAAAGGGCGGUGGCCACAGGUCCUGAUUUUCCCCGAAGCCACCUGCACCAACCGCACGUGCUUGAUCACUUUCAAACCGGGAGCCUUCGUCCCCGGAGUCCCUGUGCAGCCACUGCUGCUCCGGUACCCCAACAAGCUUGACACGGUGACCUGGACGUGGCAGGGGACUUCGGCAUUCCAGCUGCUCCUGUUAACUCUCACACAGCCUUACACAAACGUGGAAAUGGAAUUUAUGCCUAUUUAUGUCCCCGACGAAGAAGAGAGAAGUGAUCCUGCCCUUUAUGCCCGAAGAGUACGGAAUGUCAUGGCCAAUGCCUUACAAUUGCCUGUCACAGAUCAUACCUAUGAAGACUGCAGACUGAUGAUUUCUGCAGGAAAGCUGACCUUGCCUAUGGAAGCUGGCUUGGUGGAAUUUACCAAAAUUAGCCAGAAGUUAAAUUUGGAUUGGGAUGCUGUCAGAAAACAUUUGGAUGAAUAUGCCACAAUUGCAACUUCCGCAAAAGGAGGCAGAAUUGGAAUUGAAGAAUUUUCCAAGUAUUUAAUGCUUCCCAUUUCUGACACCCUGAAGCAACUCUUUGGGCUCUUUGACCGGAACCAAGAUGGUACCAUAGAUUUCAGAGAAUAUGUGAUUGGGCUGUCGGUCCUAUGCAACCCUGCCAACACAGAAGAGCUUAUCCGCAUGGCUUUCAAGCUUUUUGACCUUGAUGAGGAUGGCUACAUAACAGAGUUAGAGUUUGCCAGUAUUCUCCAGGCUUCUCUUGGCGUUAGAAACCUAGAAGUUUCAGGUCUCUUCCAAGAAAUAGCCAAAGAAAAUGCAGAUCACAUUUCCUAUACAGAAUUUAAAAGUUUUGCUAUGAAGAAUCCAGAAUAUGCCAGAUUGUUUACUACAUACCUAGAACUCCAGGCGAGCCACGUGGUUUCAUUACCCAAAGACGUUAAGUUUCCAAGUUUGAAUUCAACAACUUUGAAUAACAAAGUCAUCUGUGAGAAUGCUGAUGAAGAUUUCUCAGAUAAAAAAGAUAACUGAAAACUUAUUUUCAUUGAGAUAAACUCUAGAGCUUUUACCUUAGGCUGUAGAAGUAUGGAGUGAUAUUUAAAAUAUACUUUUAGAAUAGUUUUAUUUGGGCCCUUCAUUACCAACUUUCUCAUAAGAAGGCCUAAUGAUUGCUAUAUCUUGGAAAUAGACAAAUUAGGAAGCAGUUUUGGAAAAUGUCUUCUUCUAAUGUAGUUAUUAGCAUAUUUAAGUUUUGAGUAGUGCCUAAAACCUGAUGGGAGGAACACUUAUACACUGAAGCACCUCUUCCAUGCCCCCAAAAUACAAUGGCAGAAUCCAGACAUCCGAAUUUUCUACUUCACACCAUAAAGUGAAAACAGAAAGCUGUUUCAAUGUGUUGAAAUAGGUUCAUAGCAUAUGAGGUUACCUCCUGCUAUUACUAAAUAAUAGUGUAGUAUAGUAUCCUUUGGUUUACAAAUGAUAGGCAUUACAGUUGCCUAAUCUGCUUUUACUGAAAAUAAUACAGGAGUACUAGGAGCAAGCAUAUAUACAGAACUGAUUAAAAAGCUUUGUUUUCAUUUAUUUUUAAAAGAUGACAAAAUUGCUUUGGAAAAGAAGUCAUUGUACAAGGUUCAACAGCCAAUUUCAUACAUUAUAAAACUCAAGUGGAGAAGUUUGUGCUAAAUCUGAACUUCAUCAAUUUACCAAAAACAAAAUAAAACCCCAGAGCUGUUAGAAAUGCUAAAAACAGGUUAAUGGAUGGUACCUCUCAAAAGGUUCUAUAGAUGUUUUUCUGCAUUGAAUGAAAAUUCAAUAAGUAUAUCUCUUUAAGAAACCAGAUUAUAGGAGUAGAAUUCUAUAAAGGAGUAUUUUAUCUUUAAAUUUGAUCAAUGUGUCCUGAAAGUCACACAAAAAUUAGGCCCAGCUUUCUCUUUAUUCCAUUAAACUCUUGCCUCCACCACCCUUUUCAGGUGCACAAUAUGCCUUUAUGAUUUCUCUCCCAGUCUAAGAAUCUGGUAAAAUCCUUUACACUUAACGAAAGUGUAGCUAACAAGAAGAUCAAUUCUGUUCAUAAAAAUUAACCCUACUCCCCCAUUCUGCUAUUUAAUCCAGAAUUCCUGAGAAUAAUUCAAUUGACCCUUCAUUAACAGACAGGAAAACAGGCUAGAGGCAACAGAAGUAGGAAUGGGUAGGAUUCUAACUUUGUUUGUUGUAGAUUGGUUAAAACAUUAAGAUCCUAUCAAGACUCAUACUUUUUUUCCUCUUUCAUAUACUUAUAAUAACUUUGAACUUAAUUUUCACUUAGAAGAACAGGAUAUUCCCAAAGGCAUUACUAAAUAAGCUAUGCUAAAAUCUGAAUGAUUAUCAUAAAGAUUUUGCAUUUUUGGUCUUCAUUUGUAUUCUUGCCAUUUUUAUUAUGUAACUGUAGAAAGUACUUUUCUUGUUAUAUACUCAUUCGGGUAUGAUGUUUUCAAUUCAUUCCAAAACCAAUUAUAAAUAUUUUUGGAUUAUCUAAUAUUUUGUACUAUCGGUCAGUGAAUAAGGAUUUAAGUUCCUACUGUGUGCUAGACCCUGGGGAUAUAAAGACAUAUGUGAAACUACCCGUAGACUCAAGCUGAUUUACAUUUUCUGGGGGUUUUUAUUAUCUGGUUCCUAUUUCCCUCCAUUACCACAGAUUAGCAUUAACUGUAUGGUUUCAUUUUCCUGAAUCAAAAGAUUUUCAUUAUUUAGAAUAAUUUUUAGGGGGAGGGAAGCAAAAAAGUCAUUUCUUGGCCAGUUUAAUGGGAUAAAGUCUUUAAUCCUGGUAGUCUUGGUUAUGAAAUUGGGUCCUAGACCAUCACACCUGUGCAAUUUUCAGAUGUGAAAGCUAACCCGACUCUAACCCUAACCCUAACCUAAAUUUUUCCCCCCACUAUCCUUGUCCCCUUGGAGAAGUCAACAAAUUAAAAACUUUUUUUGUUCAGUCGUGUCCAACUCUGUGACCCCAUUUGAGAUAUUCUUGGCAGAGAGCCACUGGAGUGGUUUGCCACCAUUUCCUUCUCCAGCUCACUUUACAGAGGCGGAAACCUCGGAGGCAAACAGGGUGAAUGCUCAGUCUUCCCCAACAGCUGGUCAGUGUCUGAAGCCUGCUUUGAUGUUUCACCUCAAGUCCAGCACUUUUAUCCGCUUCACCCUCUAGUUGCCCGUAAAAACAUGACACCCACCUAAGCAGAUUCCGAACUUUCCUGCCCCUAGUCUUUCUCACUUGCUUACAGACUUU